AUGCGACCACCACCCAUCUUCCACCCCGAAUCCACGACCAACGAUUGCAUCUACACCUCGCGUUCGAGCCCCACGAUCACCGAAUACCGCGCCGCCGGCCCGGCGCCCCCCCUCCCCCAUCAUGACCAUCUACUCCAUCUACAUCUUCGACCGCCACAGUACGCAGACCCUACCGGCGCCGGCUCCUGGGCCGUUCCCCCCCCAUCACCAUGGCCGCAGACGACUAACGCGCACCUCUUCUCUCUCCUAGCCGAAUGCAUAUACUCCAAGUCGUGGCUGCCCGCCUCUGUCACCCGCCCAAAUUCCAGUACGGGCGGCCCGGCCAUGACAGCGCCAGCCCCCGCGCCCGGGCAGGCCUCCGCGUCUGACAACGCCAAGCUCAUCUUCGGCACCGUAUUCUCCCUCCGCAACAUGGCCCGGAAACUCGGCGGCGACGACGACUCCUUCAUAAGCUUCCGCACCGGCCAGUACAAGAUGCACUACUACGAGACACCUGCCAACCUGCGCUUCGUUCUCCUGACGGACACGGCAGCGCCGAGCAUGCGCAACGUGCUGCACCAAAUAUACAUUAAUCUCUGGGUUGAAUACGUUGUCAAGAACCCCCUGUCGCCGGUAGAGCACAAGGGUGGUGACGGUGUAGAGAAUGAGCUGUUCGAGCUUGGGCUCGACCAAUUCAUUCGCGGGUUACUGUGA